AUUCCAGAGUAUAAGACAAUUAAUAAAAUAGGUGAAGGGACCUUUUCGGAAGUUGUCAAGGCCCAAAGUUUAAAAGAUGGAAACUACUACGCAUGUAAGAAGAUGAAGCAACUUUUCAAAAGCACAGAGCAAGUGAAUAAUCUGAGAGAAAUCCAAGCGCUAAGGAGGCUGAGCCCACACCCGAAUAUCCUGGCUUUACAUGAAGUGCUUUUUGACAGGAAAUCGGGAUGCCUGGCUCUGAUUUGUGAAUUGAUGGACAUGAAUAUCUAUGAGCUGAUAAGAGAGCGAAGACACCCAUUAUCAGAAAAUAAAAUCCGUAAUUAUAUGUACCAACUGUGCAAGUCCUUGGAACACAUUCACAGAAAUGGAAUCUUUCAUCGUGAUGUCAAGCCAGAAAAUAUUCUAAUAAAGCAAGAUGUCCUAAAGCUUGCUGACUUUGGCUCGUGCCGCAGUGUCUUCUCAAAGCAGCCAUACACAGAAUACAUAUCAACACGUUGGUAUCGGGCACCCGAAUGUCUCUUGACUGAUGGAUAUUACACCUACAAAAUGGACAUCUGGAGCGCAGGCUGUGUCUUCUUCGAGAUCUGCAGUCUCCAUCCGCUCUUUCCUGGCUCCAACGAACUGGACCAGAUCGCCAAAAUCCACGAUGUCCUCGGCACACCGACAUCAGCUGUGCUCAGGAAGUUCAAACAAUCAAGAGCAAUGAAUUUUGAUUUCCCAUCCAAAAAGGGAACAGGGAUUAGUCGACUGUUGCCAGGUUUCUCUCUUGAAAGCAUCUCGCUCAUGUGUGCCAUGCUGGAAUACAACCCAGAGGAGCGGAUCACCGCUGGACAGGCACUCCAGAACUCUUUCUUUGCAGAAUCCAGGUAUAUUAUGGCUGCAGGCACUAGUACAGAGUAUAUAGAAUCCAACCAUGUAUUGAAAAAAACAUUUUUUUGA